UUAAAAGGACUCGAAAUGAGUUUCAAGUGUCCGUUCCCUUUCCUCGAAUGUGAAAACUGCGACUGCACUGGCACUACGUGUCAACGUCGGUUUCCAGGGUCAAAGUUGGAAUGGCCAGAACUAAAAGGAGUAAGUGGACUCGAAGCAAAGAGAAUAAUCGAAAGUGAAAAUCCAAAAGUGACUUGUGUAUUGGUUCCACUAGGGGUUGGUGUGCUAACCAUCAAUUGUUGUAACCGUGUCCUUCUCCGUCUUCCUGCCCAUGACUGUCCCAACGGUCCUGUCCUUAACAUUCCUCAAGUCGGAUGAUGAUAUUUUGUGUUACUCUCUCCUCCAUGAUUCAGUUUCAUCUUUGUUUCAAUUAAUUUGCAAUGCAUGCAUGUCUUUGCUUUCUUUCCUUUUUCGGUUUCCCUAUUGAA